GGUGACAGACGUUUGUACGAAAUAGGGAAAGCUAACGCGAUCGUUAUCGAUAAGAUUUGAAGCAUCUCCAAAAUUUCCACCAGCACUCCAUCACACGCGUCCUGCAUAAUCUCGCCCGCAAUGGUCAAACGAAAACGCUCCUCGCCCGAUCCCACUCAGUCGCAGCCGUCAAAUACACCCGCGCGCCGAAAGAAGCUCUGCACGGAACGCCUCACCACCGCUCUCAAAUCCCUCGUCGUUGCGCUCCGCCUCGGAGCCGGCUUCGAGCGCCAAAAACACAGUCGUCGCAAGAAGACUGCGCAAGCGAAGAAAGACGAGAAAACGAUAGCCCGACUUGAAAUUGAGUAUGCGGUGCUCAAGGGGCUGGACUUGGAGAAGGUGGCCGAUCAGCUUCUGCGCAGGACCGUGGGCAAAGUGAAGAGCUUGAAAGAUGCCGAGGCGCUGCAGGAAUAUAUCAAUGGCAGUGCAGGAGGCGAAGAGAAAGGCUAUGAGGGCAGGGUUCUUGCAAAGGAUCCGGCGACGCUGAAUGUGACUGCUAGAUUGUACAAGGUGCCUGCGGUCAAAAAGGUUGUUGACGAGGUUAUUGAGGAUUUGAAGGCUAUCAUUGGAGCAUCUGAGACCUCUACCAAGGCCCAAAGUGCGCCGAAGGACACCCCAAAGAAGCAAAAGAAGUCCAAGGCAGAAAAUGAGGAUGUGGAUAUGCUGGAUGUGAGCGACGAGGAGGGCGAUCCCUAUGAGGCAUUCAGCACGAGGAUAGCAGCACCGUCGUCUGGCGGAGAGGAUAGCGAGGAUUCAAUCUCGGGCGACGAGCGACCGCCGAGUAUAGGGGAUAGCGAGAGCGAACAUGACCCUGAAGCCGAUCUCGAUGAAGCCAGCGACGAUUCAGAAGCCGACGCAUUUCCAUCCUUCGACAGCGAGGCAGAGGACACCGAUAGCGAAAACGAACACAAGCGAAAUUUUCUCUCAGUAGCUACACCCUCAGUCUCCGCAGACUCGGACUCGGACGACGAAUCCCUAACAGCCCCCUCAAAAUCCAAAGCCAAACCCUCAAAAAACGCGAAAAUCACCUCCUCCGCCUUCCUCCCUGCGCUUAGCCACGCCGCAUACUUCUCUGGCUCCGAAUCUGAAGCCUCAGACCUAGAAGAAGCACCGCGAAAGAACCGUCGCGGCCAGCGGGCACGCCAGAAAAUCGCAGAGGCAAAAUAUGGCGCUACAGCUAAACACUUGGAGAAAGCAGACAGAACCAAAGGCUGGGAUGCUAAACGGGGGGCUGUCGGUGAUGACAGGCGUGGAAGGGGCGAUAGGAGCAGUGCGCCGAAGGGACGAGGACCGCAACAAAGUGGAGGAAAUGCAGAGCCGAUUGGCCAACAGAAGCGAAGUGAGGGUGUGAAGAGGGAUGACAAGGGCGAGUUGCAUCCUAGUUGGCAGGCGGCAAAGGCGGCGAAGGAGAGUAAGAAGUUGACGAUCGAUAUCAAUGGCGCUAAGCCACAGGGGAAGAAGGUGGUGUUUGACUAGAUACCCAUGACCAGAUUAGAAGCAAAUGAAGGCUUAUUGGAGGCAUGCACAAAGUCAUUUUGAUCUUGCUUCGU